CGUCGACUGACGCGCUCUUUUUCAAUUGCAGUUCACCCGAUGGUCCAGGUGCCGAACCAGCUGGUCGGCGCGCCGACCGGAACCAACGUCACGUUAGUGUGCCACGUGGAGGCGUCACCCAAAGCCAUUAAUUACUGGACCCGGGAGUCGGGCGAGAUGAUAAUCAGCAACAGCAAGUACGCGAUGUCCGAGAUGAAGACGUCGGUGUACAGCGUGCAGAUGCGCCUGGUGAUCAUGAACCUGCAGAAGCAGGACCUGGGCGGCUACAAAUGCAUCUCGAAGAACUCCAUCGGCGACGCCGAGGGGAACAUCCGGCUUUACGACAUGGAGCUGCCGGACCACUCGAAGGUCGGCAACCGCAGACUGGAGGACGACGCGGACGAGUCGCUGGGCAAUCGUGAUCACAGACUGAACCACGUGUACCAGGGCUCCCUGCGGGAGAUGGGCUCGACCCUGGAGCCGAUGUUCGACGCGGACGACAAUUCGGCGUCGACCACGUCGAGGGAGAGCGCGCCGCCCGCCUUCGGCGUCGUCCUCAUCGGCCUCGCGCUGCACCACUUGCUCGCUUCGACGUAAGAUAGACGUAACACACCCCACGACUAAACCUGAACCGGCUCGCCGCAGAGCUCGAGAGUGCGCGACUCUCCCGGCCGCGUCUUCCGCGACCCAGCCCGGUCGUUGACGUCGACAUCGCGACGGCGACGACGAACAAGUAGCAUCGCUCGCGACCGCGCGAUCGGGACAUCGCGCGAGACUCACCACGGACGAGGAGAUCGGACAUCGAAGAUCGCCAUGGCAAGAGGAAAAUGGCGGG